AUGUUGAAGCCUUUCCAGAUCAGAGAUCUCCAUAGGUCUCCGUCACCCUCGUCUUCAACCGAGGCCGCAGAUCACUUGACUUCGUCGAGGCGUCGCGGUAUCGUGCAGUUGUCGGCUUCUCAAUAUGAUAACCUAUCGUCCAGCCAUCCGCGGGCCCGCUUGACAUAUUUUGACGAAGAUGAUGAAGAGAUUAUCACGGUCGGCUCGUCUCUUGAGCUCUCCCAAAGACUCGAUGAACCUAUUGAUGUAAUGAUCGACACUAUGCUGCUUCCACAAACGGCCUCCGAACCAAUGCAUAUCUUCGACAUUCGACGGUCAAAUUCAGUCACGGAGCUAUGGAAGAAGUACGAAUGCAAGCCAGACACACAGGAGGCGGUGGAGACGGACGAUGGACCAAAUAAAUCCACACCUGAAAAAGCCUCAUCAAAAACCACUAUCCAGGCACAAGAACGCUCCGACUCUCCCCAGGAAAAUGCGCACUCAGCGGGGACCGAUGAAUCUCAAUCGCUUUUGGCUGCAUUCGAAGCUGAGAUGACUAGGUUCCUCAAUACUCCCCAGCCUACUACUGAAUCCACACCUUCCGCAGAAGCCUCGACCGCUUCCCAGUCAAACUCGGAUUCACGGCCGACGAGACCUCAGAAUGCAACUGAAGCAUUCACACAUGCAAUGCAGAGCUUGGUUGACGGGGCCGAGUUACUCAGCUCCGGGGUGAUGUCAAGGAUCCCAGAAAUUGAGAGACAGCUGCAGCACGCACAGAGGGCCAUACCUGAAAAUGUUGGAUCCUCCGUGCAGGGCGCUCUUGCGACUCUGGAAGCUCAGCUCAGACAGGUGACCAGUUCCCUGAACAAGUCUUCGGCAAUGAGUGCACAGGCGGCUCACAUAUUCGAGGGUGAGCUUCCCACGGCCGCAAGCACGGUUGAAAGCCUGCGCUCUAUGGCGUCCGAACUCGGCAACGUUGGCCACACCUUGUUUGAAGCUUUUGAGGCCGAACUUGGAUGCAAUCGGACCAGGCCACAGAAUUUGGAGUCGGACCGGGAUCCGGAUGCCACGCAAGCAGACAGCAUGGAGGCCAGUUCCGAACCGUGCGAAUCGACUACAGACCUUGACAAUGCGAAGUCAUCAACGAAAGAGAAAAAUGAAGCGAAAGAUGCCGGAGUACUGGAAAAUCCAAAUCAGCAUAGGAUGCCUAGCGAUCCCGACACGAGUGGUCAAACAUCAGAGCCGUCUACUAGCCAUCCUCAACCCGUUCGCUUGCCUGAUGUCCAGUUCUCAAUGCAUCCCCUGCAUCAUCCGCCACGCCACCCUCAUCCUCGCCCACCUCCCAAUCACCAUCAUUAUUCCCACGCCCAUCAUCAUGCUCCUUUUUUUCAUCACCCCCCGCCUCAUUGGUCACCGCUUCCAGUAAACCCCUUAGCAGGUCCAUCAUGGGGGAUUUCAGGGCCUUCGAGGCUCGACACUUUCGCUCACCCUCCUGCACCGCCAUCACCUCCUUCUUUACAAACUCUUAUCAAUCAUUCCUUGCCCUCACAGUCACAGUCCCAUCGAGGUCCGCGUCAUGGCCGACCCCGUGUCGGUCGCACGAUCUCUGCGGAUGCACCGCCCCACAAUGCAAAGGUCCCCCAGGACGUUUCUCCCAUCGCGCCCAAUGCUCGUGAUGUGCGUUCAUCUGAGGUUGCAACUCUGUUUAUCGGCAACGUCGGAUUCGGCGUCAGUGAAAGGAUGAUCAGGAAUGUCUUCGCCUCAAAAGGGUUUUUGGUUGACGUCCACCUUCCACAAGAGUCUGGAACUGGGAAACAUGCCGGGUUUGGUUACCUGCAACUUCCGUCCAUGCACGCAGCAAGGGCAGCUUUGGAUGCUCUACAAGGAGAGCAUAUUGACGGACAUGCCAUCAAUUUGGAGUUUAGUGAUCAUUCGCCUAUCCUUGGAUUGCCUCCACAGAAAACUCAGUCGCAGCCCGAGUCAAACAAUCCGCUGCCUAACGUCACCGCCCAUACAAUACGGCCAUCGGAACCCCAGGGUUCCGCAGCGUCAUCUGCAGGGAACGUCGCCAAUGAGGCUUCUCUGAAGCGCGCUGUGCCGUUGACGGUGGCUGACCUUUGCCAGAAUGACAACCGCAAGCAUGGCGAUGGGGAGUCCUCUUUGGACGGUUUGAAGAAGUCAUUAGAUCAGGGUGCUGAACGGCUCGACUCCUUCCGUUCACCGCACCUGUCCGAGGAGACUUUGCAGCCUUCGAGUUCAAACAGUAACCCAUCAACUUUGCCAGGUCUAACCACAGAGGUUGAGCAACUUCGCUUCCCGCCGGUCUCACAGACAUCAGCGGAGUUCUGUGCUAUGCGGGAUCAUUCUACCACAUCGGCUCGUGGCAAAGCACCUGAAGGACGUCCGGAAGAUCUAGAAGCGGGAAUGAAUGUCGCAUCCUGGGACAUACCGGGUACAUUUCACCAAGAAACCAGCGACGAUACUGCCAAGCCGUCAGACAUUUCUUCCCAUCAUCAAUGUGUGUCAGAAGGGCCUGGGGUUUCUCUUGGGCCUCAUCGCAAUGGGCGACGCUCUGGAUCCAUGAAACACCAUCGGUCAUCCUUGAAGGGACUUGGUGCUUCUAAUUCCGCAGGAAUCGGGCCGUCUCGCCAUCCAUCGGGCCGCCUGAAGCCAGGAUUCCAUCUUCGUGGCAAACAUCACGGUAAUCCCGAAGGCUCUUCUUCUCAGCGAAUUUCACCCGAAAUGCAUCAAAAAAUGGUGGAUGCAUGUAUGGCUACAUUGGUUGAUCUAGGGUACGGCGGUGCAAGCGAGGGCGGUCUCCAGCGCAUUGCCGUGUAUGCUGCAGCUGCAGACGGCAAUGUGCACGACGCUAUUGACAUGAUCGAGGAGGAACGGAAAGCCUAUGAACAGCAGGGGUCAACGAAAUAA